AUGUCUGCAAAAGUGUCUGAUACACCUCCUCGGCACGAUUCAGCAUGGUCAUCCGAGAACGAAACGAACGCCAAGGAAAUCAGAUGGUCAGAAUUGUCCACGAAAGCAAAGGCCUACUAUUAUUGUCAGAGCAGUCUACGAUUUAUUGCUAUUUGUAUUAUUCUAUUCCUAUAUAUUUGUUCACUUAGCAAUUUAUCAACAGCUUUUAGCCUGUUGGGAAGCCGAGGACUUGGAAAGGCAAUCAAAGCUUCACCUUUGAUCAAUGAUCCGAUCUCUGCAGUUGUGGUGGGAAUGUUGGCCACGGUUGUACUUCAAAGUGCAACUACAACUACAAAUGUUCUUGUUGGAAUGGUUGCAGCUGAUUUGAUAACAGUACAUGAAGCGAUUCCGGUGAUGAUCGGGUCAGAAUUAGGCGGGACCCUUGUGAACGCAAUUGUUUCUUUAGCCUACUCGGCAAGGCCGGAGCAAUUUCGUCGAGCGUUUGCCGCAGCCACACUUGGAGAUGUUUUCAAUAUUUGUUGCAUAUUUGUAAUAUUACCGCUAGAGUUAGCAACUGGUUUUAUCGAAGAGAUAAGUUGGUUAAUUGUUGAUCCUCUUAUCGCUGAGCAAGGGAUUUCUUUCAAAACGCUCGAUUUACUCACGGAUCCCGUCAAUCGGAUGAUACUUGAGGUGAAUGAGGAAGAGUUAAGAAAUGCGACCAUAGAUGAUGACUAUUUUGCACCAGAUCAUUCCUUUGUAUAUCGAUGUGUUUUCAAAAAUGGAUCACGUAUCUAUAAGUGCCCCUACACACAUCUUUUUGCUUAUUCCUCAUUUUCUGAUUCACUUAUUGGAUGGAUUGUUCUAAUUAUUUCGAUAGCAGUUCUCGUAUUUUGUUUGAUCGGAAUUGUUUAUUUAAUCCAGACACUUUUAAAAGGUCCGCUAGCAAAAUACGUUCGUGGAUUACUGAGCCGGGAAUGUCCUGGAAAAUGGAGACCUUGUACGGGAUACUCAGUAAUGCUAGUAGGACUACUCAUAACCUUAGCGAUUCAAUCUAACAACAUCUUUAAUUCGUCUUUGACGCCAUUGGUGGGUUCAGGAGUGAUCACCUUGGAACAAAUGUAUCCGCUUAUUCUUGGAGCGAAUAUCGGUGGAUCGUCCAGUGCUGUACUGGCGGCACUCACUGCAGAUGGUUCCCGCUUUGAAAAGACAUUACAUAUGGCUGUAUGUCAAGUAAUGUACAAUAUCAUAGGCACAUUUAUGUUUUAUUUAAUACCGUGGACAAGAAAAUUGCCAACAUUCCUGGCUCGACGACUUGGAGAGAUCACCGAUCAGUACCGAUGGUUCAUGGUCGUUUUUAUCCUGGUAUUUUUCGUUUUGAUUCCUGGAGUUGUUAUCGGAUUAACGUUACUGCCUGACUAUGUGAUAAUCGUGUGUUUCUCUGUUAUAUUCAUAUUUGUCAUGCUGAUUGUCAUCAUCACGGCAAUGCAGAAACAAUGUCCAGGCGUUCUACCAUCAUUCCUUCGUUCAUGGGAUUGGAUACCUGAGUAUCUUCGAUCUCUCGAACCAUAUGAUCCGUUAAUGACGUCUAUUUUCACAUCCAUACCAUUUUUUGGAGAUUUUUUCCGGAAACAUACGGUCGGUCCAUGUAACGGUGAUGCAGACCCCGUUCAUAUGAUGAUCAAGCUCAGUAAACACACUCAGGUGUAA